GGCGCGCAGCAAAGGGAGCUGGAGCGCAUGGCUGAGGUCCUAGUCACAGGGGAGCAGCUACGAUUAGAAAAUCGAGGCACUGAGAAGUUGAAUGCUUUGUCCAAAGUUACUCAGCAAAUGAUGGAUGGAACUUGGAUUUGAAUCCCAGCUGUCUGACUCUACAGCUCUGCUCUGAGUGAAUGAGGAAUAGUGAGUGAGGGUGGCAGGAAGUUAAUUUGCUGACUAAUGCAACUGAGCCCCUUAGUUUUACCUGGAAGCUAUACUCUUUUUUCUUUUCCCCCACUCACUGCCUCCUGAAUUACAACAAUUAUUGUCAGUGUGCUUGAUCAUGGGGACCAGGGAUGAAGGGAGGGCCACGAUGUAUGUCCCUGUUUGAGAGCCCCUGUUCUAAGUGAAGAGUGAACCCCUGUGUUUGUGGAAGGAAGGAGCCAGGCCGCAGCAUCCUCUCAUGACAGAGGGUACAACAGGGAUAGGGGACCACGAUUGGAAGCAGCCACCACAGAGCAGGGAGUGUGUGGCCCCAGUCCUUUACCAACACAGCAAGGACUAGUGAUGCAGUAACCAGAACUGGUUUUGUGAGUCACUCUGUUGUCCUCAGCACGUUCCCUGAACCAUUCUGGGCUUGUUUCUUCACCUGUAAAAUGGCAUUUAGAGGCCUAAUACUCCUAGGUGUGAUCUGUAAACAAAUAAUGACCUGUUUGGGGAAAAAAAAAAAGAAUCUUUGUGCUCCUUGGAAAGGCACUUUGCAAGCAGGAAGAACACCAUUCUUCUGACUCAUCAGAGGAACAGAUCAGAGCUAGAGAUGUCGAUGCAGUCGCUCUUGGUUCCUUCUGAACAGGAGACCUCUUGGGAAAGAGCUUACAUGGAGGAAGAAUUAAGUGAAAAUCUCAAGUCUGAUGCGACAAGGAAGGCUGACUUAGGGACCUUCCCAUCGUGACCUUGUACUUACUGCCUAUCUCAAGGAUGAGAUGAGAGAUUGAAAGGACCUCAUGAACUUUUAUGUACACAUAAUUAAAAAGUGUUUGUUAUAUGUCCCACGUGGGCUGAUGCUCUCUGGAAAGGAGUCUGUCACCGGAGCUGUUUCCUGCCCCCCAGGAGUGUCAUCUGAAUCAUUCAACAUUGGCUCCAUGCAAACAUGAGGACCAGGCUCAGGCUACAUGAGGAAAAAGUUAUUAAAGAUAGACGACAUCACCUCAAGACCUACCCAAACUGUUUUGUCGCAAAAGAACUGAUUGACUGGCUGAUUGAGCACAAAGAGGCUUCCGACAGAGAAACAGCAAUUAAACUCAUGCAGAAAUUAGCAGACCGGGGCAUUAUUCAUCAUGUGUGUGAUGAGCAUAAGGAAUUCAAGGAUGUCAAACUCUUCUACCGCUUUAGAAAGGAUGACGGCACCUUCCCGUUGGACAACGAAGUGAAGGCCUUCAUGAGAGGGCAGAGGCUGUAUGAGAAGCUGAUGAGCCCAGAAAACACACUCCUGCAGCCCAGAGAGGAGGAAGGAGUCAAGUAUGAGCGCACCUUCAUGGCAUCUGAAUUCCUGGAUUGGCUGGUUCAGGAAGGUGAGGCCACUACAAGGAAAGAGGCAGAGCAGCUUUGUCACCGGCUUAUGGAGCAUGGCAUCAUACAGCAUGUGUCCAACAAACACCCAUUUGUGGACAGCAAUCUUCUCUACCAGUUCAGAAUGAACUUCCGUCGGAGGCGAAGACUGAUGGAGCUGCUCAACGAGAAGUCCCCUUCCUCCCAGGAGGCUCAUGACAGUCCCUUCUGCCUGAGGAAGCAGAGCCAUGACCACCGCAAAUCUACCAGCUUCAUGUCAGUCAGCCCCAGCAAGGAGAUCAAGAUCGUGUCUGCGGUGAGGAGGAGCAGCAUGAGCAGCUGCGGCAGCAGCGGCUACUUUAGCAGCAGCCCCACGCUCGGCAGCAGCCCCCCUGUGCUCUGCAACCCCAAGUCCGUGCUGAAGAGACCUGUCACAUCCGAGGAACUCCUGACUCCCGGGGCUCCGUAUGCAAGGAAGACAUUCACGAUUGUCGGUGACGCUGUUGGCUGGGGCUUUGUGGUGCGAGGAAGUAAGCCAUGCCACAUCCAGGCCGUGGAUCCCAGUGGCCCUGCAGCUGCGGCAGGGAUGAAGCAGAAGAGAGGAGCUACCAGCAGUGAGAGGGACCAUCCUCCUUCUCCUCCAGGUUAUAAUAAACAUGGUUAUUUGUUAUUUGAACUCUGGUUGAAGAUGAGACAACAGAUACCUCUGUCAGAUCUGGCCCAGAUGUAAAGACAAGCGUCUGUCAGUUUGUCGUCUCUGUCAACGGGCUCAAUGUGUUGCAUGUGGACUACCGGACAGUGAGCAACCUGAUUCUCACAGGCCCCCGG